AUGGCAGCCACCCGAGGACUCCUCUUUCAGCUGCUGCUGCUACUCGUGACGACGACGUUCGCGCCGCCGCUCCUCCUCCGAAUGACUUCGACCGGCGUGCGCGCUUCCCCUCUACCACUGGCCCGCGCCCGCGCCAACAUUAUGCGACCUCGUCAACUCCAACCGACGGCUUCGAGCACCCUCAGCAUCAUCGUCAUCCCUACGCAGGACUCUUCGUCGUACACGACCUCGCUUCCCGCGGACUCGGGCACCUGGACGACCUCGACGGCUGCGGCGACCGCGUCCGCGACGACGACCCCAUCGCAAGCGCGAGGGCCUUGGCGCGGUGGCUCGAUGCUCGACCAGAGUGAGAUUCGGCUCGCCCGGGAGAGGGCAAGGGGCGGCGGCUCAAUGGUCACAACCAUUAUCCUCGUCUUGAUCGGGUCACUCGUACUCGGUCUCUUCCUUCUGCGGUGAGUCUUCGACUCGCUUCAGCUCGCCCUCGUUAGUGGCGUCGGCCGGGGUAGAACCGCAGUUUAACCGAGCAACGACUGCGUGGCCCCUAUUUCACGAACCGGCUUGGCUUCGGUUCAGCGCCCUAGUCGGCUGUCAGCCGAACGGGUCAGGGGGUCACUCGAACAUCGCUUUCAUGGGUUUAUCCGUAUCGGACCGGGCCGGUCCGCAGAAGAUAAGCUGAUCUUCCAUGUCCGUUCAUUCCAUGUACCUUCUUCGUCCCUGCGAAAUAGACUAUGGCGCGUGCAACGCAGCUACCCACUCUCAUUCCGCUCCUUUUUCAUCCCUAGCUCCGGGCUCAAGAUUCGCUAUCUCAACAUCGACAUUGCACCGGCCACUCCUCGAGCCCCCACCGGACCCCCACCAAGCUAUUCGCGCGGCUUCCACGCCGUCUUCCGACCGCCCCGACGAGGGCACGACACGAACGGCGUCGCGAUCGAGGAAGGUGGUCAGCGUGUAGGUUCGAGGGAUGAGGAUGACAUCUGGGAGGGCGAAUCGCUCGACGAAGUGCAGGAAGAGAAGGAAGGGCUGCCGAGAUACGCCGUCGAUGUCGAUCUACCGGGCUACUCGCACAGCCUGGCACCUGGGGUGGCGCGCGCAAACGGCCUCGAACGACAAGCAUCCGUUGGCUCUUCGGGCUCUGAAGCAUCGACUGUGGACAGUUCAAGCAGAACGGAAGCUAUCAUGACCUCUAGAGAGUAUGAACAAGCCAUCAGGAACGCGCCCCAGGCCCCCGAACGGGCCAUCACCCGGGAGAUAUCACAGAUUCGCAACGACUCUUGGCCUCGGGCGGCCUGGAAUCACGCUUCGUGGGUUGUGCCGGCGACAUCAUUGCGAGUGCGUGAAGAGUGA